CUCCAGCCGGACUGCAAGCGCCCCGGGAGAGAAGCAGGCGCCCCGGGAGAGAAGGUAUGGCUGGACUGAGCGUUAGCAUGCGGGCGCUGGCAGCUGCACUCCUGCUUUUUCUCGCCACCGUCUCUGAAUGCACCGACCCUAGCGGGGCGUCACGGAUCCCUCCCCAGUUCAGCGAGGAGGAGCGCGUCGCUGUGAAAGAGGCACUGAAAGGUGCCAUCCAGAUACCCACCGUGUCUUUCAGCCAUGAGAAAUCCAACACCACCGCCCUUGCAGAGUUUGGAGAAUACAUUCGAAAAGUCUUCCCUACAGUGUUCCACAGCAGCCUUAUCCAACAUGAAGUCGUGGCAAACUAUAGCCACCUAUUUACUGUCCAAGGCUCAGACUCCAGUUUGCAGCCCUACAUGCUGAUGGCUCACUUUGACGUGGUUCCUGCCUCUGAAGAAGGAUGGGAGGUGCCCCCGUUCUCAGGCCUGGAGCGUGAUGGCUUCAUCCAUGGCCGGGGCACACUGGACAACAAGAACUCUGUGAUGGCAAUCCUGCAGGCCUUGGAGCUCCUGUUGAUCAGAAACUACAGACCCAGAAGAUCUUUCUUCAUAGCGUUGGGCCAUGAUGAGGAGGUGUCUGGGACAAAGGGAGCUCGGACGAUCUCAGCGCUCCUACAGGCCAGGGGUGUUCGGCUGGCCUUCCUUGUGGACGAGGGGAGCUUCAUCUUGGAAGAUUUUAUUCCGAACCUCAAGAAGCCCUUUGCCAUGAUCUCAGUCUCGGAGAAGGGUGCCCUUGAUCUGAUGCUCCGAGUAGACAUGACUCCAGGCCACUCUUCAGCUCCCCCAAAGGAGACAAGCAUUGGCAUCCUUUCCGCGGCUGUCAGCCGACUGGAGCAGACACCAAUGCCGAACAUGUUUGGAAGUGGGCCAAUGAAGAAGGCAUUGAAACUUCUGGCAAAUGAGUUUCCCUUCCCUGCCAAUCUAGUCUUGAACAACCUGUGGCUAUUUCGGCCCCUUGUCAGCAGGCUAAUGGAGAGGAAUCCCGUAACCAACGCGCUGGUCAGAACCACCACAGCCGUCACCAUAUUCAACGCAGGAGUCAAGGUGAAUGUCAUCCCCCCAUUUGCUCAGGCUACAAUCAACUUCCGGAUUCACCCUUCGCAGACCGUACAUGAGGUCCUAGAACUCGUCAAGAACAUCGUGGCUGAUGACCGUGUCCAGUUACAUGUGUUGAGAUCCUUUGAGCCCUUGCCCAUCAGCCCUUCAGAUGCCCAGGCCAUGGGCUACCAGCUGCUUCAACAGACCAUACAGUCUGUCUUCCCGGAAGUCAAUAUUGUUGUCCCCGGUAUCUGUAUUGCCAAUACAGACAGCCGGCACUAUACCAACAUCACCAACGGCAUCUACCUGUUCAACCCCGUUUUCCUGAAUUCUCAGGGCUUCAGUAGUAUCCAUGGAAUCAACGAGAAGAUCUCAGUCCAGAACUACGAGAACCAGGUGAAGUUCAUCUUUGAGUUGAUCCAGAAUGCUGACACCUACAAGGAGCCAGUUCCUCACCUGCAUGAACUGUGAGACCCCCGGCGCCCAGCCCUGGGCCAGGACCAACCUGUGGGGAGCGAGAGCUGGUUCUGAUAAAAGGUUUGGUGGAAACCACCUUGUCAUGCAGAGUUCGUCCGCCUGGCCCCCUCCUCCACUCACCAUAGAACAAGCUCCAAGGAGGCGGAGAAGAUACACAGGUCUAGCCUGGCAUCCCUCUGACGUCUGUACUCUUCCCCUGAGCGGCCUCUUCUGCCUCUGUCCUGUCUUGGAAGGUGUUGGACUGUCUCAUGCUGGUUGUUCAACUUGUCUGCUUUCCCAUUUGUUAAGUGCAGAUUUUGGAAAAAUCUCAAGCAGGUUUUUAUCUAGAUAGAAGGCUAACUUAAGCUGGCCUGUCUUCUAGAAUUCCUUUUCUCCCGCCACCCGCUCUCUUCAUGGACUUGGGAGCUGCCUUCCCGACCUCUGCUUCCUUCCUCCACUCUGGUCUAGUCCACAUCUGAGUAACUCGGUCACACUGAGAAGCUCCCCCAAGCACGGUCCACCAAAUAAAGGGGUCUGUGUAGCGUCAGCUGGUCUCUGGUAGGUGAGCUUGAGGGGAGGCUCUGAGGGAACCCCAGAACUCCUGGUUCCAGAGGCUGGGGCCUGAAAAAGCAAGCUGCUGUCCCAGGGCUCCUGGAACUUUGCUCCCUUCUCUGCCCAGUCCCUGCCACCUGCUGCUGCUGCCCCACCCCAGGAGGCCCUAAUCUGUGGAAACAUUUCCCUGGCACAGCCUUGUUUACCCAGCUCCCGACAGGAACUCAAGAUCCAGCCUCUCACUGGAGCCCAGAACCAGCAGAGCCAGUGGCCUUGGCACCACGACCUGUUUCAGAAUGCCCAAGGGGAGGCGGGGGUCAAGGGAGGGGGUGGCUAGAGGGGCUCUUCCGAGGCAAGAGAGGCACAAGGAGGUGACCUCCAAUAGAGCAUAGCAGAGCUCCUGUCUUCUCCCUGGACUCCAACCCUGGGCGUAUUUGAAUCUGCCCAGUAGCUGCCAGGUGGGGGGCAUUGGAAAGCAGCAUUUCUUGACGCCAGGCCAGGAUCUGUGCUUUGUGGAUCACAAGGGAGUCGAGGUCACAAGGGGAGACACAGAAGCGGGACUGAAAGGACUCCCUCUUUUUCCCUCUCCAGGCUAGGGCCUUCCAUGUCUCCUAAGGGAUUGGCAGCACUGGGUUUCCUUGCCCCCGCCUCAGAAACCCCAUCCUCCCUCCCUCCGGAGUCCUUACCUUCCUCCCGUGGAUGUGAACUGUUCCUCACAGCUCUGGCUUAAUUGUCAGCGUUAGGAACAGUGUGGGAAUUAUUCAGGCUUUUUUUGUUACUCCUGCUAAGAUUCACAUUCCUUCCCUCACUCUCCCUUUUUGGCCGCUUCGGUACUUAUUCAGCCUCUGUUGGAGGGCAAGCUUAAGAACAAAAAUAAUCCUUUGCAGAGCCCUACAAAGUAGUCUCAUGCACCUUAUCUCAGCCCUGUGGAUAUGCUCUUGGGACUCCGUCCUACAGAGAUGGACUGGAUUCUGAGUGGGUUGCACAUUUAGCUGAAUGGUUGCUUGAACCCACAUUACCUGGCUCCCAAAGGCACCACUGUUCUCCGAUCCUGAACCGCCUACUCCCCACUGGUUUCUUAUUGAGUUCUCAUAACAACUACUGAGGUGUGAGUGUGUCCCCCACGUUUGUAUGUUGCGAACUCAAUCACAGGAGAAAAGUAUUCCGAGGGAGGAAACAUAACCCACUGUGGUCUGCCUUUGUGGGGCUAUUAGGAUUAGACAAGGCCGUCAGGGCUGAGCCUCAUCAUUGACUUCUUUGUGGCUUUAAAGAAUAGGGUUUGAGAAGAUAGACGUGCUUAGUCUGAUUUGGACAUCCCACCAUGAAUACCUGUGUUGAAAUAUCACACAAUACCCCAUGAAAAGAGAGAAGGGGAGGGGGAGGCCAGAAGACAGACAAGUUCAUACAUGCAUUCCCUGCAUCUUGCCAUGUGAUGACCUAUGCAGACCAGUGCUCCCCAUGUGAUUUUAAAGCUCAGGGGCUGUGAGCCAAAACAAACCCCUUUUCUUUAUAACUCAACCCAGUUAGCAGUAUUGUGUCCUUGGAAACCGGAAAACCGAACAGCGCAACUCGGAUGUGCUGCUACUGCUCAUUUCAUAAAUGAAGUCCCAGGUUUGCAGAUGUCAAGGUUGCCCAAGGUCGUGCAGGUGCUAAGGGCGGGGUCUCUCUGAACCCAAAGUCUGUGCUAAUUGUUCUGAAGAGAAGACAGACUCCCAAAAGCCCAAGGUGACAGGAUGCUUAAGGGAUUGUUCUAGGACUAGAAGGAGGUCCAGAUCCCCAAGUCCUGCCUCCCCCGAGAAACUGUGGGGUUUGGCUUAUUCCUUGUGACCCAGGGAGAGGCGGAGAACAAAGACUCCUCCAUCUGGAAUUAUUUCCGUGCUCUAGCGCUCUGUUCCUCUGGCUGACCUCCCCCUAUCCACACCUCUCCCUGUCGGCCUGCCUUUCUUCCUGCCCUCCUCCCUCUCUAGGUUCAGCUCUUUUCCCUUUGAGAGCAAUCGAGCCUCGAGUGACUGGAGUGACAGGAGGAGAAUGAGCAGGGAGCGUGUCCCCAUCCAUCUCACUUCCUUUUCCAGCUUUAGAAAGGAUAAGCUUUCUGAAAUCCCCAAUGGGAAGAAAGGGGCUUGAGAGGGAAGGGCUGAGUCCCUGAGAACUCAAGCCAGGGCGGUGGCCUUGAAGGCUCCCGGAGGAGGUGGCCCAAAGCGUUAGCUAGCCUGGCUAGAAUUAGACUCCGCAUAGGAUGGACAAGAAAUCCAGCAUACAUAUACUACGCACAUAUCCCCUGACCCUAAUCAAAGGCAUAGCUCAAGCUUUCUACUUACAUCUCAUUUCAUCCCUGCCUAGGUGGGAAGCAAGACAAAAUAUGUGUAAUCAGAGAUGGGGAACCAAAAAUUGGGCUGUGAUCCUUGAUCGUGAGUCUUGAGCUAAAAAUAUUUUUAUUUUUGUCUCUGAGACAGGGUCUCACUAUGUAUCCCUGGCUGCCCUGGAACUUGCUAUGUAGACCAGGAUGGCCGUAAACUCACAGAGAUCCUCUGCCUCCUGAAUGCUGUGAUUAAAGGCCACCUCUGACUUAGUAUUCUUUUCUUCCAGUAAGAGCUGAAUAGUUCCUCAAAUGUUUUUGAAAACAAAUAUUUUAAUUGAAUAAAACAACUUGAAAUUCUUGUCUGAUGUCCAGAACACUGUCAGUCAUGAAAUUGUCCCUUUGCAUAUGUUACUUUUAGAUCUACAAAUACAAAAAUUUCAGAAUUGAAUAAAACGUUUAAUACUAAGAAAA